AUGGGAGCGGAGAGCGCUUCUUCUAGCUUACAGUAUGAGGAAGACGAUAUCAGCAGCAAAAACAACAGCAGUUUUGUGGUUUUGAAUGUGUACGAUCUCACACCUAUGAACAAUUAUAUGUAUUGGUUUGGAUUGGGGAUCUUCCACUCUGGCAUUGAAGUAUACGGUAAGGAGUAUGGAUUUGGGGCCCAUGACUUCUCAGCUAGCGGUGUAUUUGAAGCGGAGCCAAAGACUUGCCCUGGAUUCAUAUACAGAUGUUCCAUCGAUUUGGGCCAAAUACAUAUUAGCCCUUCAGAGUUCCGGACAUUUAUUGAAAACAUGGCUUCAGAGUAUCACGGCGAUACCUAUCACCUUAUAUCUAAGAACUGCAACCAUUUUACGAAUGAUGUCUCAUAUAGAUUGCUUGGAAAACAGACCCCAGGUUGGGUAAAUCGCCUUGCUAAGCUAGGUGCUUUGUGCAGUUGUCUACUUCCUGAAUGUCUUCAAGUAACAACUCUUAAGCAAGUACCCGAAUACCACGAAUGCUCGGAAGAUGAACUUGCGGACUCUCUCUCAUCUGCCACACCCUACAGAUCACCAGAAACAGACGAUGAGCAAGAAAAACUCCUUCUGUCAUCACCUGGUGCCGAGGACGUCACUUUCGUUAAAGAGUCCCAUGUAAAGUGA